UCCCUGGCUCUAGCGGGGAGCUGGAGCGCCUCAGGAAGCUGCAGUUGGCGCCUGGGCGUUCUGAGCUGUGCUGAGAUAGCUACCGAUAUUUUGGCGGCAGGUCAGCCGGGCCGCUUCCCGCUGGCUUUAGGUGAAGAGGGCGCUUGCUUUUCCUCAGGGUUUUGGCUUCUAGUUGUGGGAUAACUUCCCCAGGCUUGAUCCCUGGAUACGAGACCCAGGGACGCCCCAUAAGUGAUGGCUCAUGAAACAAUGCAAUAUGAGCUUCAGGUGCAGUUAGACCAUCAUGCUGCAGAACAGCCAGUGCCUGCUGAAGUGGCCAGUAGCCAGGGAGUCCUGCCUCCGCUCCAGCCUGUCCCUGCUGAAGUGGUCAGCAGCCAAGGAAGACCAGUCCUGCAUCAAGCUGCCCCUGCUGAACUGGUCAACAGCCAAGGGGGACCACUACUGCUCCAGCCUGCUCCACAGGUGUCCAUUGACCUGACAGUGGAAGAGGUGCUCUCAGGUGAAGAGCGUGUGGAGAACAUCAAUCCAGGAGCUUCAGAGGAGCAAAGGCAGGAAUCUGGUGCUACCCAGCCCAUCCGAGCACAUUCAGUGGACUCAAUGAACAGCUUCAUCAGUGGGCUGCAGAGACUUCAUGGCAUGCUGGAAUUCCUGAGACCUCAACGUUCAGACCAAAGUGUGGGGCCAGUGAGACCGAGGAGGAGGAGGAGGAGGGGAUCUGCCUCACAGAGAGCAAGAGUUGGAGGGUCUCAGAGAACAGACAAUGCAAGGUUGAGAGCACCACUGGCUGCUUACUUUCAGGUGAGCCGAACCCAGGUUCACAUGCCAGCUACCUCUUAUGAUUCUGAGACUAGUAAUUCCAUGCCUGAAGACUUGGAGGUGUCUAGUAGUUCUGAUUCUGGCAGUGACAGCUCUGCAGAGGAUGGAGAGGCUAUUGUCCAAGCAGAGGAACCCGAAGCUGUCAUUGUAGAAGGAAACAACUUGGCAGAGCAUCCAGGAGAUACCGUAGCAGAGCAAGAAGUUACAUGUGACAGUAGAGGCGAGACCCUCCCCAAACAGCAGUCUCCCCAGAAGCCCAAUGCUCUUCCACCUUCUGCUUCUAUGGAUGAAGAAGAAGGGGAAACCUGCACAAUAUGUUUGGAACAGUGGACCAAUGCUGGGGACCACCGGCUCUCAGCAUUACGCUGUGGGCACCUCUUUGGGUAUAGUUGCAUUUCUAAGUGGCUCAAAGGACAAGCACGAAAAUGUCCCCAGUGCAACAAAAAAGCCAAGCAUAAUGACAUCGUUGUGCUUUAUGCCCGAACCCUGAGAGCUUUGGACACUAGUGAACAGGAACGCAUGAAAAGUUCCCUCCAGAAAGAGCAGAUGCUAAGAAAGCAGGCCGAGCUAGAAUCGGCACAGUGCCGGCUCCAACUUCAGGUCCUCACUGAUGAGUGCAGUAAGCUUCACAGCCGUGUUCAGGACUUGCAAAAACUUGUUGUGCAGCGUCAGGAUCAGGUUGUGCAGCAACCCAGUGGCUCCCAAGCACAUAUCCUGAGGUGCUUGCCCCUGAGCCAGGGUCAGCACAAGUACCACUUCCAGAAGACCCUCACAGUGUCUCAGACAGGAAACUGCCGAAUCAUGGCAUACUCCAAUGCUCUGAGCUGCCUGGUUGUGUCGCAGCCUUCUCCUCAGGCCUCCUUCCUUCCAGGCUUUGGUGUUAAGAUGUUGAGUACUGCCAACAUGAAAAGCAGUCAGUACGUUCCGAUGCAUGGCAAACAGAUCCGAGGGCUGGCUUUCAGCAAUCGAUCCAAAGGCUUACUACUCUCUGCUUCUCUAGACCAUACUAUUAAACUGACCAGCCUGGAGACAAAUACUGUGGUCCAGACUUACAAUGCUGGACGUCCUGUCUGGAGCUGUUGUUGGUGUCUUGAUGAGAAUAAUCACAUCUAUGCUGGACUGGCUAAUGGUUCAAUUCUCGUAUAUGACCUGCGAAACACGAGCUGUCAUGUCCAAGAGUUAGUACCUCAGAAAGCCAGAUGUCCACUGGUGUCCCUGUCAUACAUACCCAGAGCUGCCUCAAGUGCAUUUCCAUAUGGUGGGGUGCUGGCUGGAACCUUGGAGAACGCUUCCUUCUGGGAAUUGAGAAUGGGAUUUUCUCAUUGGCCUCAUGUGCUGCCCUUGGAGCCAGGGGGCUAUGUAGACUUUCAGACAGAGAGUAGCACACGGCACUGUCUUGUGACCUACAGGCCUGAUAAAAACCACAAGACCAUACGAAGUGUGCUGAUGGAGAUGUCCUAUACACUGAAUGACACUGGAGAACCAGUCUGUUCCUGCCAUCCUGUACAAACAUUCCUUGGAGGACCCACUUGUAAACUCUUGACCAAAAGUGCCAUUUUCCAAAACCCACAGAAUGAUGGCAGCAUACUGGUGUGUACAGGGGAUGAAGCAUCAAAUUCAGCCCUGCUGUGGGAUGCUGGCAGUGGCUCAUUGCUGCAGGACCUGAAGACUGAUCAGCCUGUUUUGGACAUCUGCCCAUUUGAGGUGAACCAUAACAGCUACUUGGCUACCUUAACAGAGAAGAUGGUUCUCAUCUAUCGAUGGGAGUGACCAUGGUCUUGAGACCUUUCAGGCAUGCUCCUGGUUAACUUCAAAUAUUUGCUAGCAUCUAACAGCCCUGAGCACAAUCCCUGCAUUUUGCCUGCUGCCUAGAACUUUUGGGAUCAUGGUUCAUUUGGAUUAAUAUGAUUCUAGGACUCCAGGUCACUGAGACACUACAAACUGUGGAUCUACUAUGUCUGUCAAAAGAACAUGUGUCUAGUACUCCGUCUACAUUAUCCAUUUCUUGUGUUUAAAGCCUUCAUGAAUCUUUAUUUUUUAUCUAACUCUCUGAGGACCUUAGAGAAUGUCCUCUCAGCAGUCACUUAGGAUAUGAGUGGACACCAAGCAUUUUCUAGAGGAUGUGACACCCCACCUGAGUGAUCACUUGUGCUUUGGGAGCGCUACCUCCUUGAAGGGACUAACCACCUUCUUGAUGCUGAUUGGAUGCAGCCUAGAUGCAGAAGUGUCUUUAUUCAGUUGAACACAAGAGGGCACUGUAGAACCUUGUGUAGGGUUUGAUUUAUUUUUGACCUUGAAGGCUGACAGCCUCUUAUUAGUAACUUGGUCUCAUCCCCAUAGAAGUGUAUGGUAGAGCACAUCUGGUGUGCUUUGUGUCGACAAGUUGUGUUCCAGGCACAAGAUUCUGGGCCAUUGGCAGGCCCAGUGAGGGAGGCAGCAGAUGAACUGUAGACCUUUUGCUAAUGUCAUUGUGAGAUCUAGGAAGAGACCAUUUGUUUGAAUAGUUCGCAAGACUUGUUUUUUUCUAGCCAGUUUAGGAUAUCAGGAUUGGUUUUAUCUAAGCCAGUGCUUUAAUGACCACUCCUUUUACCUCUCACUAGGAAAAGAUGAGUGAUAUGUCAAAGUGUUUACUUGAGUCUCCUUUACUAUCAGAGAUCAGGAGCAAGGACUAGGGGCUUACAAAAGAAGCUGCUUGGCCUGCUAUUGACAACAGGAGAAGGAUUUGUCUCUCCCAUUUUGAGAGAGUUCCUAUAAGACUAAAGUUAAUCCCCUGGAGUGAGGGCCUGCUCUUGAAUGUGUUUAUAAUUCCCAGGUAAAGGCUUCCCCAUGUGUAAAUGAUGUGAUUCCAAGUUCCUUUGAUUUGCUCCCCUAACCUUUUCUGAAAGUGUUAGUAAAAUUAUCAGGAAUAGUGGUUGGAGACUGUGUGAGUGGCAAGGAGGUGCCCACCAACUUUCAUCCAGUUCUAGAUUGUCCAGUACUGGGAGCUGCACUUCUUUGCAGUUGAAAGCUUUGCUUCGGGCUACUCUGCCACAUCACUGUCCACAACAGACCAUGUUUCAGCGUGUGGGCAGGUCAGUGCCCUGCUUGUGGUUAACAGCAGCAGGGUGGUUAACAGUUGGAUUUUUUAAAUUAUUAUUAGAUGUUAUCAUUUUAUUAUGAAAUACUUAUGACCCGUCAAUUCCUGAGCUGUUCCCAGGAUCUUUCUCUCCAGCCAGGAGUUGUUCUGUAGAUUUCCCCAGAUUUCCAAGUUCUAGUUGUGCAUUUUAAUGACCCUUUUCUAUUUGAGAACAUCUUUUUUAAAAGCCUGCUUCCAGGGCCUAGGGAAAACCCUCUUCUCUCAGAGCAAAUACUCCCUUUGAUGUGUUGAUGAUUAAGAGUGGCUGUCCAGGCCUGGAGCUUCGGUGGCAGAGUGGAAUUGGAAUUAAAAAGCAGAACUCAUUUGUUUGAGCAGAUUGCCACCAAGGGGCUCCAGGACCAUAGGCCCUGGCUGCCUUUGUUUUAGGGUCUGGGUAGGGUUAGGAUUUUAUUUGCUUUGAAGUAUACUCGACUGAUGGCUGAUUGAGUCCUCUAAGAGUAGGAACCAAGGGACUUAUUACCAGGGAAGUUGGAUGAAUCCUAAGUCUUGCCAAUCCUUACAUUCCUAUAAAAUUUGGAUGUUUUGGAAGCAAAUUUAUGUGACCAUGAUUUAUUUCUCCAAAAGGGAAAACCUCUCUGCUCCCAUGUUUCCUCACUCUUACCUCUAAAGUUCCCCCCACCCAUUUCAGAAUUUAGAGUUAAGCAAAUUUAAAAUAUCUUGUCAUUGUUUGUAUCCUUAUACCCACUUUGAAAACAGGGCAAUGUGAUAUUCGUUUAUGUUCUGUGUUUUAAUAUUUCUCUGUUAUGUUUUACUGUUAAUGUGAAAAUAAAGAAUUUGCCAUGUGGAAUA